CCCUUCUCUUCUCUUUUCUUCACCUCUCUUUCUAUAUUUCUCCCCCUUGUCUUCCUUCUUACUCUCCUUUGAUUUUUCUAUUUGCUCUUCAUCUAUUCAUCAUAUGUUGAUAUAUGAUAUGCUAUGCUAUGCUCGGGUCUAAGCGGGUGUUUUACAGGCGUGCCAACAACAAGGAUAUCAUCAUCUCACCAGGUUUUUAUUAUAUUUUUUUUUUUUUUUACUUUUGACUCCAUUCGUUUCAAUUUUUUCUUUUUUUUUUUUAUCUCUCAAAACUUUCUCAAUCCGUAUCCAAUUUAACCAACCUUGCUGUGCUGUACUCGCUCCAUCGC